GGCCAAUCUCGUCCCUUGGCUUACGCGGUCAUGUCCGUCUCCCCACCGAUACCCCUCGCCAACACCCUAGAUAUGCAUACCUACGACUUCUGCACUUCUAUCGAUGUCCAUCCGUGCUGAACCCAACGUGGGAUCAGCCAUCCCCUUCAACUCACGCAGCUCCCCGACCGGGAGAUCAAGAUGAGCGAUAAGCUGCAAUCCCUGCCGACAAGGGGAUGAGAAGCGACAAAGGGAGAGGCAAGGGUUGGUACGUACGAGAACCGAGCACGGCGAUGAUCCUCAAAGCGGCCCUGAGAACUCACCAGCUGCCGAGCCGGCGGGACCAAGGUCUUCGAGUCGGCAAUGCCAGCGUCCCUCUGUCGCCUGAGAACAAACAAAGUGACCUGUAAGGAAAACGAGCUGAUGAGCACGGUGGCGCGCAAGCUCCCGCUCCGCUCGCGGUGUUUCGCCUUGCGAUCUCGCCUUCUAUCUCGCCAGCACGCAAGAGAUCGCCUCGACCCCAUCUUCCACCGCUCACCUUGCAAAUUCGAGCUCCAAGCCACUGAAACGCCAGGGAGGCGGGGACUGCCGGACCAGCGGAACGUCUCCGCAAAUGUCGCGGAGGUGACUGACUCGGGAAGUUUUCACCAAGUGAUAGAGGACGACGCGAAUAUCGCUCUCAAGAGCUACGGCACCGUCCACAGUCAAGAUUCUGUCCAAAAUCACUACUAUGCAGCCGAUCGCGCUUCACCGACUUUGCCUCUAUCCUUUCCAGCAUCCGUAUGCUUGGUUUGAUACCUCCGCUCCUACCGCCUCGCCUCGCCUUGGAACUUCCACUGGCAGGGAGCCAGGUUCUCGACACCGAUCACUAAGGGUCCCAUCAUUUGUCAUGACCGAAACACGGGGACCCGGGCGCCGGACUCCUGAAUUCGAAGAGAAGUGCAGAAUAUGCGCCGCUGGA